GGCUGGGUUAGUACAUGAAAGGGCUGGGUUAAUACAUCAGAGGGCUGGGUUAAGCAUAUAUACGUCACACUACCUAAUACAAGCCCAUAACCAUAUAUGAUAAUACAUGAAACACAAGGGAUCAUGUGCUUCGAUUGAGCACGUGACAAGCUGCGGGGGCUUGCCUCCUGAAAUUUGAGGCUUUUCCCCAUGUUGUUGCUGGUACUUUCCAUGCUAGCUUCCUUGUUAGUGUACGACUGAUUUUACUAGUCUGCAUUAACAGAAAUGCCUAGCAUGUGAUGGGGUGUUAUAAUGCAACAUAUAACUAGAAAUGAUACACUCAUAAUUGCAGAGUUACAACCCAUACAAAUAUAAGAGAGAAAAGAGUUAAAAGAAACAUUUGUUUUUCUGUGACCAGGUGAAGUCAAGCCACUGGUGUCUUCAAAGAUUCCUGUUGAAGGGAAGAACAUAUCUUUUGUGAACGAUCUUACAAUGACUCGGGAUGGAAGGAAAAUCUAUUUUACAGAUUCUAGUAGUAAAUGGCAGAGAAAAGAUUAUUGCUUAUUAAUCAUGGAGGCGUCAGAUGAUGGACGCUUACUUGAAUAUGACACGGUGACAAAGGAAGUCAGAGUCUUAAUGGGAGGACUCAGAUUUCCAAAUGGAGUCCAGAUCUCUCCUGCUGAAGACUUUGUGUUGGUGGCUGAAACAACUAUGGCAAGAAUACGAAGGUAUUACGUAUCUGGACUAAUGAAAGGUGGAGAGGACAUGUUUGUUGAAAAUAUGCCAGGUUUUCCAGACAACAUCCGUUUAAGCAGCUCUGGAGGUUAUUGGGUAGCUAUGUCAGCUAUUAGAACCAAUCCUGGAUUUUCUAUGUUGGAUUUCUUAUCUGAAAAACCAUGGAUUAAAAGAAUCAUAUUUAAGCUGCUCAGUCCAGAAACUGUGAUAAAAUUUGUGCCCAAGUACAGCCUUGUUGUAGAAUUAAGUGAUACUGGAUCCUACAGAAGAAGCUUCCAUGAUCCAAAUGGAAUGGUGGCAACAUACAUAAGCGAAGCACAUGAAUAUAAUGGACAUCUCUAUUUGGGGUCUUUCCGAUCCCCUUUUAUUUGUAGAUUGGACCUUAAGGAUGUCUAAUUCUGAGUUGAAAGCAGUACAGCUGUUGCCUUGAAUUACUCUAGAAUGACAAAGGAUGAGUCACACAUUUUGGACAAGAAAGAAGAAUGGAAGCACAGUCAGUCAUGAGCACUGUAACACUGUUUAACUAGCAGGAUGCAGAAUUAGUCCUCUUCUUACUUAGGCAUGCCGUACCAUAAAACCUGUGAAUUACCUUGUUUAAAUUCCCUUUCAAAAUGGUGGGCUGUGUAGAAGUUUUUGGUGCACUGUACCCUCUCUAUAGCACCUUUAUUACCUUUCCAUAAGGUAAAUAAAAUACAGAAUUACCUCAUGAAACAAUAUUUGUUGCAUUUAAUAUUUUUAGAAAUGAUAUUCAAAUUCAUUAUAUGUAUGUGGUCAGCUUUUCAAAGUUCAAAAUUUUGUCCUGUAAAUACAUCAUUGCUCUGAGGUUGCUAAUCUUAAAUGAUACAGUGCAGUGAAUUUAUUUCCAAUUUGGAUCUCUCUUUAUAAGCAUGUUUUAAUGCAUGCAUAUUAUAAUGGCAAUGCAUUUAUAGUUGUAUUAAUAAACUGAACAUGACUGCAGCUAUAAUUCCAUUUCCAGUCAAUGCUAUUUUCUGCAUGAAUAAUUUUAAAGACGUGGAAUUACUUCUAUGGGAUUCUUUAAAUCUGAGGCUAAUGUAACUAACUUAGGAAAAGCUGGUUCCACUGUCCUAUUAUGCCUCUACUUAAUCAUUGACACAAGUCCUUCAGGCAUAGGAAUGUUUUAAUAUGGUGGAGGGGCUGUAUUAAAAAAGUCAGGAUGGCGGCCAUAACCAUACAAUUAAAGCUCUACUGCUUUAUGUGCAUUGCGAUGCAUAUUAAAAAUUGAUGAGGCUUUGGUCACAUGGAUGUGGUGGUUUUUUUUUUUUUUACCUGCCCCCUGCAGUAACCUAUUUAAUAUCCUUAGCUUUUAAAUGAGGGGUGGCCUU